AUGAAACUCACACUCCGUCCAGAAUGGCGCCCCCGCCCGCUGUCCUCCGCUUUCGGCUUUCUAGACCUCAAAAUUGCUGUCACUGUUGUACUCUUGUUUGCGGUCCUCAACAAGGUUGCAGGCGUAUACGGUCUCGUCGCGGUUCUCACUGGGGCAGGAGGCUCCGCAGCGCAGCUCAGUCUCUACAUCUACUCUGUUCUUGGUCUUGUUGCAUUAGGAUGGGGAAUCAAAGCAGUCUCUCAGGAGAACCCAAAGCAUUCGCUGUAUUUUGCACAUAUAUUCUUCGCUGAUCAUAUCAUAUCAUCGGCGUGGCUGGUCUUUUUCGCUGUCGUUUGGUGGGUAUAUACACCCCAUGACGGUCGUCGCCAGGCCAAUUCAGCUGCUCAGGAGGAGAUGAUGAACUCGACGAAUGGCGCGCAUCGCAACAUGACUGAGGAAGAGCGCGAGGCCGCUGCAAUGAUUAUCUGGAGUGAGGAGAAGGGACUUGCUACUGCUGUUAUCGUGUUGGGCUGGGUAGCUAAGUUCUACUUUGCCAUGCUGUUAUACUCUUACGCCAUCCACUUGCGCAAAGGCUCAUAUCGCUCCCUGCCUUGCUCCCGCCCGUCUCCCACCCUUGCUGCUACAUCUUUCUCCGGUCUUCCUGAUGAUGACGACGACGUAGAGGACUUCUAUCGUCUCCCCAUCCGGGCUCCUCCUCAACCGCAGUCACAUAGUCGACAAUCUAGCCUAACUCAUGCAUCGUCUCCAUCCCAGACUAGCUUCGCCGACUUCGUCAGUGCGCCUCCUUCCGGCCGCCCACGGCGCGGUAAGCCAGGCAAGUCCAAUCUGAGCAUCAGCCUCAGCGCAUCCAACGGAAGCAUGAAAGGAUCAGAUACGAACGAAGUGGACGAAGUACUCUUCGACGAUGACGAGCGCCUCCGCGCGGGAACGAGCGCAGAGGAUAGCAUAAGCGUAGAUUCACUAGACGAUAACCAGGGCCGAAGUACUCCUCACAACAGGCGAUUUAGCCGGAAUUCUAGCCGGGCGUAG